ACCCUUACGAGCUUACAAGGGUUGACUCUCCCGGCCGUUUGAUUAUUCUGACUCUUGAUUUCGUGAGAAGUGUUUGGUUUAAGUUUUCCUCUACUUAUUACUUCGUGUUUCGUGUGAGGAGGCUGUACUUGUGAUUCAGACUUUCUCGUGAUAAUGCAGGGAAGCAACUACGUGAUGCUGGCGUUCCUGGCCGUGGUCCAUCUUUGUGUACUCCACACUACUGCCAUUCCUGCUACAUUAACAAAAUCUGCACCUUCAGAGGUUCUAAAUACUACUGUUGUGAAACCCACGAAGCUUGCCCACCUUGGAAAUGCAACCGGAAAUGCUACCACAGCAUCACGCGCUGUAAACCUAACUGAAUCUACAAAUAUCACGUCAAAUAAGACGGAUACUCCCAAACCUCCCCACACUGUGAAGGUCAGGCAAGCACCAGCGGACGGUUCUUCAGUUCUGUCCACCCCAGUAAUUGCUGGUCGUAGAGUGGCCUUCUGUGUGACGAAAGCUACAGAAAGACUUAGUGCCUUCGCUCACAUUCACUUCAGGGACGUCUUGACUAACGCAGGAGCCGGAUGGGAUCCAGCAGUCAGCGAGUUUGUUGCUCCCUAUGACGGACAUUACUUCUUCAUAUUCCACGCUAUUGGAGCGAAUGCCAGUGACUUCACGAUGUCCUUGACACUGAAUGGUAUGCCCAAGGUGACGGCAUAUGGAACUCUAACUACUUUUGAAGUUGGCUCCAAUUCUGUCGUCUUGGCAUUGAAGGCGAUGGAUAAGAUCUCUUUAGAGCUGCAUCAGGGUGCCAUAUAUGAACACCCCGGCAACGAAUCUUACACUUCCUUCACUGGCUUCCUCCUCUCUAGUGUGUAAUGAGUGCUUAAAUAUUUACUUUUGUUUCCUGAAUAAAGUUUGAAGUGAU